GAGGAGGAGGAGGAGGAAGAGGAGGAGGAAGAAGAGGAGGAGCCCACACCGGCAGCGGCCGGGCCGGAGCUUGGUCAGGGGAGGGGGAGCGCGAUGUCCCUGGCGAAGCGGCAGCGGCAGGAGGAAGAGGAGGGGGAAGGGGAUGGUGUGGGGGAGGAGGUGGUGCAGAUCCGGCUGGGGGACAAAUGCUACCCGGUGUGCAAGAGGAAACUGAUCGAGCAGAGUGACUAUUUCCGAGCCCUCUACCGUUCGGGCAUGAGGGAGGCAGGGCAGGGCCAGGAGGAGCAGCUGCUGCGUGGGGGGCUGAGCGCCCUGGGGCUGGAGCUGGUGCUGGACUUCAUCAACACCUCCUGCCUGGCCAGGCUGGAGCAGGAGGAGGGGGGCGAUGACGAGCCCCCCUUGCUGGAGGAGCUGGUGGAGGCUGCUUCCUACCUGCAGGUCACCCCCUUGCUCCGCCUGCUCCUCUCCCAGGUGAGGGUGGGCAACUGCCUGGAGCUGCAUCGCCUGGCUCAGGUCUACGGCCUCCAGGACUUGCAUGAUGCCUGUCUAGACUUCAUGGCCGCCCAUUACCAUCAGGUUCUGCGGAGGCCUGAUGCCCGGCCGCACCUCCACCUGCCCCAUGCUCUCCAGCAGCACCUGAAGGAGAGGCGGAUGAGGGGCACUGCCACCCUCGUGGCCAUUGGGGACUUCAUGGGUGCCUCCUCUCUGGGCCUGCCUCCAGGCUGUCACCCUCAGGCAGAAGCCCCCUGGUCUAUGCUGAGGUAUGACGAGGAGGCACAAAGGUGGCUGCCCCUGGCCAACAACCUGCCUCCAGAUCUGGUGAACGUCCGAGGCUAUGGGUCGGCUAUGCUGGACAACUACCUCUUCAUCGUUGGGGGCUACAGGAUCACCACCAGCCAGGAGAUUUCAGCUGCCCACUGUUACAACCCUUGCCUAAAUGAAUGGAGUCAGCUGGCCUCAAUGAACCAGAAGAGGUCCAAUUUUAAGCUUUUGGCUGUAAAUGGAAAGCUCUAUGCCAUCGGUGGUCAGUCCCUUUCCAACGUGGAGUGUUAUAACCCAGAAAAUGACUGGUGGAACUUUGUAGCAUCCAUGCCAAACCCUCUUGCAGAAUUCUCAGCUUGUGAGUGCAAGGGCAAGAUCUACGUUAUCGGAGGAUACACUACACGAGAUAGGAAUAUGAACAUUUUGCAGUACUGUCCCACUUCUGAUUCCUGGACCAACUUUGAACUUUGUGAUGUCCAUGUUCGCAAACAACAGAUGCUCUCUGUUGAAGAAACAAUAUAUCUGGUAGGGGGCUGUAUUCAUGAACUUGGGCCAAACCAAAAAUCCAGCCAAAGUGAGGAUGUGUUAACUGUGCAGUCUUACAACAUUGCUACCAAAGAAUGGCUCUACCUCAAAGAGAACACAUCAAAAUCAGGUCUUAACUUGACUUGCACUCUCCACAACGAUGGAGUUUAUAUAUUGAGCAGGGAUAUUACCUUAUCUACAAGCUUGGAGCACCGUGUUUUUCUGAAGUAUAACAUAUUUACGGACAGUUGGGAAUCACUAAGACGCUUUCCAGCCUUUGGACAAAACAUGCUGAUUUGUUCUAUGUAUUUGCCUGAUAUGCGAAAAGUGUAACAGCAUCAGGUUUUUCUUUUCAGCUCGUUAAUCACUCUUGGAAGAAAUAUUGCUCCCUCUAAGUAAUUCCAGUUUCAGAAUGUAAUGUGGUUGCGUAACAUAGACAUAAAUACUGAUUCCAUUAUUUAAAAAAAAAUAAAAAAUUAACAUUAAAAAUCCAGUAUUAAGAGGUUGCUUCCAGAAACAGUUUUAAUAUUUCAGUUUUUUUAAAAAAUAUUAUUUUGGAUUUAAUUUCACCAAAUAUUGUUUGCAACUUUAACAUAAAAUUAUUGUGUUGGUAACCAAUGAAGGCAUUGAAGGAACUCCAAAGAACAAAACUGAUCAGUCUAGUUUUAUUCUCCAUAUUUAUAGACAACAUAGAAGAUAAAGAAUAUACAUGAUAAAAGUGGAUAUAAUUCAGUAAAGUAAAUAAGAAGCUUAAGAAAAAUAACAAAGGGUACAAUUUCUUUUAAAAUACUAUUUUUGCUCAAAUUAUGUUCUGUCAAAUGCACAAUGUUUAAAAUUGCUAACACUCUUGUUAUGUCUUCUGCAGUCACAAGUGAGAUUAUCAAGGAUGCAAUUGUAAGCAAUUGAGUAUCACCAAGAUACACAUAUUCCCCUGAGUUAUUUGUAAUAAAAUGCUUUGUGAGGGACUGGGAGGAAUUGCCCAAAGGCUGAAGGUUUCUGGUUGGAUACUAGAUGCUCCUAUAGUGGCAGUUGGCAGUAUUUAUUACAGCUAUUAUAAUAGAGGUAAAAAGGCUACAAAUUCAUAUUGAGAAGUUUGCUCAUUUUCCAAAAGGUUUUAAGUUGUAUUCUGCAUUACUGGGUUUUAAAGGUCAAAUUAUAGAAACAAAGAGUUGCCAACAAAUGUUGGCAACAAGUUACGGAAAAUGUACGUGAGCACGUACUGUCGUGAUUCUCCACCAGGCCCACUCUGCUUAGUAACAGUCAUCCAGGACAAAAGGGGAGACUGAAUCACUUAAUAUGGAAGGGUUCAUUUGUGUAAACGACUUCCUACCAACACCAGCUCUAACAGGUGCGCAUGAAUGUUGGCUCUUUCUUGAGGUACCAGGAACCUGCUAGAGAUUACCUUGUUUGCCACCCAAAGUUGUUAGUUUCUCCAAAGAAUGUAAUGAAUGUAACUCCUUUGCGUUCCCUAGUUUCUGCAUAUUGCCUGAGAUACUUACAAUCACGGUGGGCCCCUUUUUGUAGUUGGCAGGGGUCUUCUGAAGGCACCUGCCCAAGUGUGGAAUGUGUGCUCUCACAACAGGAAAAGGAGAAGUUCUUGGUCAUCAUGGAAAGGUUUCACAGCUGCUGCCUCUAGGAAAUAGAUAACCAAGUUAGGUAUGUGUUGAGCAUAUUGCAGGGAUGUUGGUUGGUUCUGCAUCAGCUAUUUCUUGAAAUGAGAAGACAAGAUUUAAUUCACCUGAACACAUUCCUGAUAUUUGGAGAUAUCUUUUUUUUUGAAUUCAGGAAUCUGAAUCAUCUUUUGAAGAUAAGUGCCUUUUUGUACAGAGGAAGCAAAGGCUGCAAUGGUUCCCUAAAGACUCUUUUAACCCCUUUCUUCUCCAUGGUCUUGAAUGAAAUUGGUACUAAAAGAGCUAACAGACUUGAAGUGCCUUGCCAAAUACCUCUCUGACAUUCAGUGCUUAGGUGCAUACUUUCGGUGCUUCUGAUCAUGGAUUGCAAGCCAAAGAGAAAAUCCCAGAAAACUUUGGUCUAGAAUGAGAGCGUUUGGGUUUGAACCUUUUUGCGAUAUAGGUAGACGUUAAGUAAGGUACUUUGGAUAUCCAGGAUUAACCUCUUGGGUAGGAAUUUUGCAGCCUGGCUGAGUAUGUUACGCUUAAGCCCAAACUAGUGUCUAUCAUUCAGCUGUAUGCAUGAAUUUCAUGAAUGAAGCCCUUGUCUAUGUGUUCAUUCCUUUGAAAACCUGAUGCACUGAGCAGGUGAUAUGUAAUGACAGUGGUAUCAGACCAAACAAUGGUUAUUCUGUAAUGAAGAAAUGAGAUGACUUUCAUAAGAUUCUUAAGUGAUGUUUUUUUAACCUUAAAUUUCAAAAGUGUUUUAGAAUAGAUGUAGACAGUGUUUCAUUGUCUGGUGAAAACCAGAACAAAAGUUACCUCAGCCACAUUAAUUUACUUGCUUUCCUUCAUUUCUUUUCAGUUCGACAUUCACUACUCUACAAUCAUCCUUCAGUCAACUCAGUUUAAUAGUGGUGGAAAAAAUCACAUUUGAGUUGCAGCAUUCUCUUCCCUGGCAAAGUAAUUUUGAAGAACUGACAUUCCCAGAUUUGCAGAGUGGUAUAUCUAAUGAAGUCCUUUCAAACACAUCCAUUUUGUAGUGCAGGUGUCAUUCCAAAAGCAGUGAUACAGUGUUUUUGAUAUGAUUAUUCUUUUUCAUGAGAGGCCCUUCCAUGCUGGUUAAGUACGUGCUGGUUUCAGCUUCCGGUUAUCAAGUGACCACAGUGCAGUCUGGAGAACCUGCUCAAAUAGAAAAGAGAAAACGGCUCAGAUUGUAAAUGUUAUCAGACCCUUGUGUGAAUCUGUGGUGCAAAUUCAUCAAUGCUGACAUCUAAGAGUACUACAGUCACAAAUCAAAACUGGUGUUGAAUUUAGUGGUACCAGACUAAUUGGACUGUAUGACUACAAACUGAAAUAUAGAUUUUUUUAAAAACAAAGUUCAUUACAGAGAGGUAUGCAAUGUGGGUGUUCCUAUAAAUUAGGAGGGGAAAAAAAAAAACGCAUCACAAAACUGUCAAACCAUCCCUUGCCUUUCUCAUUUUCUUUCCAUCACUUUAAUAUUCCACAUAAGGCACUGUUGAACAGCUUCUGUCCUUCAGGCCAAGGAAAACUUGUUGAGAGUCACUAACAGUGAGUAAUUAAAAAGCUGCUUUUUAGCCAGUGGAAAUGUUGUUCAGUGAUUAACUUUACUGUGGUUACUUUCAUGGUGGGGAAAAGGGUCCUAACUUUAGGGUAAAUAAGCUUUCUUUGAACAACGAUACAAGUUUAGAGCAAGGGGCCUUAUCACCUGGAAAUUCAUCAGUGUUAUCCUGUUGUUGCUCCUAACCUACCAUGUGGCCUUGGAGAGAUCACCUUCUUGCAUCUUUGCUCCCCAAUAUAACACUGAGAAAUGAUGCUACAGAUUCAGCGUUUGUGGAAAUUGACCCGCAUCGGUUACGUGAGAGAGAAUGGAAGGUACUGAGUGCAAUGACAACAUUUAGCACAUAACAUGCUUAAAGAUCUGCAUGGGUAGAAGUUAAUCAUCCUUAUCAUCCCU